AUGCUAUUUUCCAUGGUUGAGAGCUCUGCGGGAGGAUCGCCAAAAGGCGAGACUCCCUCUGGGGCCAAGGUUGCCCCCGUUAGUCCAGGUACCAAGGGCCGAAUUUGCAUCUCGUGGAGUGCUGACUGCCAGCUCCGGGUUCUUGUUCCACGCAAAGUGCGCCUCCUUGUGAGCCCACUACAGCACUCCCAAGAACGGCAGUCUCCUCGGAGCCGUCUGGUGUGCACCCUGCCCGCAGGGCGCGAGCAAGAACCCGGGGCGUCCAGUGCCCGGCGGCGACGCCCAGCAGACCCGGGGACUAGGCCGGGCGGGGCCGAGCCGCCGGUCCGAGCGCCGGAGGGGCUGGCGGAGCAUGUGACCGCGCCGCGCCUGACUGGGCGCGCACUGCCGCGCGGUGGCGACGGCGGGGAGAUGCUGCUGCUGCGGCGGCGGCUUCCGUGGGCUGUGCAGACGCGUCCGUCACCGGCCCGGGACCGCCCGUUGCCGUCCAGCCGCCCCAGGCACUUCAGUUCAAAAGAGCAGAGAGGCACAGGCUUUCUCAACAAUGUACCCCAUUUCCUGACACACUUGCCACUGAAGGUGAAUUCUCCUUUUUACCAGAAGAAAAUUUUGGUGGGGAGCUAUCCAGCAAGAAAAGGACGUGUGGCUCUUAAGAUAGUAACAUUUAACAGAAUCAUGGCCACGGAGGAAAUUAAACUUGCACAGAAUGUCCAUAAUGAGGCUGUGAGUGCUGAUGUUUCAGACAAGAAAAAGGGAGGCAAAUUCCAGCCUUUUAAGAAGUUAUUUGGCAAAAGGAAAAAGAAAGGCACUUCAUUGUCCCCUGAGGAAUCCGUGGGAAAGAAGAGUUACUCCCCCCAGAGUGUCAGCAAUGGGACCUUCUCUUCGGAUGAGGAAACCCUGGAGGACAAUCUAAGGGUAAGAGAGCGAUCAGAUUUAACCGAAGGGAAGGAUUUAACUGAAAGGAGAACACAGCUAGCAUUGAACAAACCAGUUGUUGCAAUGUCGGUUGCUCCAGUUAAACCAUCUCGACCAAAAAGGCACUUCUCUUCUGCUGGCACCAUUGAAAGUGUCAACCUAGAUGCCAUCCCCCUGGCCAUCGCUCACCUGGACAACAGUGCCGCCAAGCACAAACUGGCUGUUAAGCCAAAAAACCAGAGGUUAUCAAAGAAGCACAGGCGACUUGCUCCAGAUCGACGAAAUGAGCAAGGUGGCCUGGUGAACCAGUUGUCCCUGGACCAGAAUGGACACCCCGGAGAAGACAAGCAAAUUUGGCAUGAAGAGGAACCAGAACCACUGGAUUCCGAGGAAGAGAAAAGACGCCAAGAAGAAUACUGGCGAGAACUUGAGGCCAAGUGCAAACGGCAAAAGGCCGAGGCAGCAGAGAGGCGACGCUUAGAAGAGCAGAGGUUGCAGGCCCUGGAGAGGAGGCUGUGGGAGGAGAACCGAAGGCAGCAGCUCCUGGAGGAAGAAGGGGAGGAGGAGGAGGGGAAGGAGCAAGAACCUCUGCUAGAAGUAGAGGUGGAGAACAUGCAGCAAGAAGAGGACAGGUGGAGGUGGGAAGAGCUAGUUGGCCCAGACCCAGAGGGAAGGGAGAGAGAGGUAAAAGAACUGGAGGCUGAAGAGCUGCAGAGGCUGAAGGAAGAGGCCAGGCAGCUAGAGAAGCGCAGACAGCAGGAGGAACUGGAGGCACAGAGACAGUGGGAAGCUGAGAGUCAGCGGCACGAAGAAGAAGAAAGGCUGGAGGAGCUCAGAAGGCUGGAGGAACUGGAGGCACAGAGAAGGCAAGAGGAAGAGGAAAAACAGAUGAAGGAGCUCCAAAGGCUGGAGGAGGAGCAGAGAUGGCAGGAGGCUGAGAAGCAGCGGCUUCAGGAGGAGGAAAGGAGGCUGGAGGAGCUCCAAAGGCUGGAGGAAUUAGAGGCGCAGAGAAGGCAAGAGGAAGAAGAAAAACGGAUGAUGGAGUGCAGAAGGUUGGAGGAGCUGGAAGUGCAGAGAAGGCGGGAGGAAGAGGAAAGGAGGCUGGAGGAGCUCAGACAACAGGAAGAGCAGAAAGAACAGAGAAGGCGGGAAGAAGAGGAGCAGAGACUACGGGAAGAAGAAGAAAAACGGAUAAAGGAGCUCAAAAGGCAGGCAGAACUGGAGGCACAGAAGAGACAGGAGGAGGCGAGGAGACUGGAAGAGCUCAAAAAGCAGGAGGAAAUGGAGCUACAGAAGAGGCAGGAAGCCGAAAAGAAGCACCAGGAAGACUUGCAGAGACGAGAUGAAGUGAGAGGGCUGGAGUUAGAAGAAGAAAGGGGCUUUCGGAGCCCACUUCAGAAAGAUUUUGAAGAGAAACCAGGAGAACAAGAAAACGUGAAGCCAAAAAAGCAAAGAGAAAGCUCUGAGGAGCCAAGUAUUGAUGAGAUGCAAAACCCAGAGGCCAAGCCAUCAAGAGAGCAGCCGGGAAAGUGGGGGUAUGUUCAUGGGGAUGUCCAUCGCUUACUUCCGGGAAAGAGAGAAGACCCUAAACCAGAACCUCCUCAGAAAAAAGAGGAUCAAAGGGAGGAAAUGCUGACUCCACUGGACAGGAAAGAAGCGGUCACUCCAGAAGCCCACCGGAAGGUGGAGGAACUCAGGUGGCAGGAAGUGGAUGAGAGACAGACCAUGCCCAGGCCGUACACGUUCCAGGUGUCCUCAGGAGGAAAGCAAAUCCUCUUCCCCAAAGUCAACCUGAGCCCAGUGAUGCCCGGGAAGGAUGCAGGACUUGCAUCUGCUCCCCUUGAACCAAAGGCCCACAAAGCCAUCCCGGUCUCUCACGCUCUGCCCUCGGCCCUGAGCAUUCCCCACACGGCCAUUCUGGUUACCGGAGCACAGCUCUGCGGCCCAGCCGUCAACCUGAACCAGAUCAAGGACACAGCGUGCAAGUCUCUCUUGGGCUUGUCCGAGGAAAAGAAGCACAUGGACCUCCCUGCUGUGAAGAACGCACCUCGAGCCCCCAGCGAUCCCCAGACAGGCAGCGGGAAGGCCAAGCCUCCGCAAGAGUCUUCGAGCAGCGUGACGGCACUAGCCGAAUGGGCUUCCAUUCGGUCCAGGAUCCUAAAGAACGCGGACAGUGACCAGGGCGCUGAGAGAGACCAGAGGUUGGGUGAUGAACGCACUCCCAGGGGCCGAAGUGAUUCCCGAGGAAACCUCCAGAGGACCCCGCCAGUCAGUGCAAAGUUCUCUAUUAUGUCUGCCCGGCAGAAGUUCUCUAAUGGUGGCAUGGAGACCUCUAAACAAAAUGCAGAAACAGAAAGUAUUCGAAAAAGACCCGUGCCAGGACCCAGUGAGGAGCCAGAGCCCCUGCCUCCGGCCGCCAGUCCUCAUGAGCACUGGAAGAGUCCAGAGAAACUGGGGAUGCACCAGGAGCCAAUGGACACCACGGAGGGAUGCAAAUUUGCCAAAGACCUUCCAUCUUUCCUUGUUCCAAGCCUCCCUUCCCCUCCACAGAAAGUGGUGACCCGCACAGAGUCUGUGAACACUUUGGAAAGUGAGACCACAAGCGGUAACGGGAAGCCAGACCAUGCGAUGUCGGGUGGGGAGGAGAAAACCUCACCUUUUGGAAUAAAAUUGAGGAGGACCAACUACUCCUUGCGCUUCCACUGUGACCAACAGAUGGAACAAAAGAAGAAGAAAAGGCACAGCGGCACAGGGGACGGUGUUGAUGGGGCUCCACCUGCCCCGGGGAGCACAGGUGGUGAGAAAGAGACAGAGGGUGUGGCCCUCAAGCAUGGCCCAACCCUCACCCAAGAGAGGAAGCCGACCACCCGGAAGGACACUGCAGAAACCCCUUCUAGUCACUCGCCUCCUAUGACUCAGCCUGGGCCCCCACCUCCCAACAGCCAGACCCCACCUGCAGAUCAUGACAAGGUAGCAAAUAAAAUGCCAUUGGCACAGAAACCAGCACUGGCUCCCAAGCCCACCAGCCAGACUCCACCGUCAUCCCCACUCUGCAAACUAAGCAGGCCCUACUUGGUAGAGCUGCUGGCCCGCCAAGUGGCCAAGCCUGGCCCGGAGCCCAUUGAGAGGGCCAAGGAGAGCAGUGACACGCGGCCACCCUCACCACCAUCCCCCGAAGAAAGGAAGGGGAAGAAGAGGGAUGAGGCAGAAGAGGCGCCAGAGAGGAAACCCUCUUCCCCGGCUCUGCCUGCUGCUUGCCACGAGAAGCCUUCCCUAACACCUGAGGCUGGGAGGAGAGAAAAGCCGGUGCUUCAGAGCAGGUACUCGUUAGAUGGCUCCAAACUCGUGGACAAAGUUGAAACCGCGCAGCCCCUGUGGAUUACGUUAGCACUGCAAAAGCAGAAGGGGUUUCGGGAGCAGCAAGCAACUCGGGAGGAGAGGAAGCAAGCCAGAGAAGCCAAACAGUCAGAAAAACUCUCCAAAGAAAGUGUGAGUGUCAGCCUGCAACCUGAAAGCAGCAGUGUCAGCAGAGCUGGCUCUCUGCACAAGUCUACCGCUCAGCCAGCAGAAGAGAGGAAGCCCGAGACGGCAGUGGCUAGGCUGGAGCGCAGAGAACAGCUGAAAAAGGCCAGCACUCUUCCUACAUCUGUGACAGUGGAGAUCUCGGAUUCGGCUCCCCCCACGCCCCUGGUGAAAGAAGCCAUGAAGAGGUUCUCCACGCCGGACGCUGCCCCUGUGUCAACAGAACCAGCCUGGCUGGCUUUGGCCAAAAGGAAAGCCAAGGCCUGGAGCGAUUGUCCACAGAUUAUUAAGUAA